AUGGCCGAAGUCAAACGUCCCAUGCCUCGCAUCUUUUUGAUUCGCCAUGGUGAAACUGAAUGGUCCUUGAACGGUCGCCAUACCGGAAGAACCGACAUUCCCUUGACUGAACGUGGUGUUGGUCUCAUUAAGGAUCGUGCGCAGCAUGCUGUUGGCCCAGGGAAGCUUCUGGACCCAGACAACAUGUGCCACGUCUUUAUUUCUCCUCGUCAACGCGCACACAACACCUUCCAUCUGUUAUUCGACACGUAUCCCAAGGCGCCACCACAUACUGUGACCGAAGAGGUUCGCGAAUGGGACUAUGGCGACUACGAGGGUCUUACUUCCAAGGAGAUUCACAAAACCAAUCCGGGUUGGGAUAUCUUUAGGGAUGGUUGCCCAGGAGGCGAGAGCGUUGAAGAGAUGACAAGGCGCGUGGAUGAGCUGAUUGCCAAGGUCCGUGAGAUCCAUAGGUUGUAUUUGGAAGAAGGUAAAGGUCGGCGUGAUGUAUUGAUUUGCAGCCAUGGACACUUCUCCCGCGUCCUUGUCUCUCGCUGGGUUGGGUUCGAUUUGUGUUUGGGAACUCACUUUAACAUUGAGCCAGCUGGUAUUUCAAUGUUGGGUUACAAUCACAACAACUUGAAGGAGCCAAGUUUGACUGGCCUCAACUUGUAUGCGCUAUGA